GUUCUGUUACCCUUUAAAAGCUGGAGCUACUGGGCGCAUAUAUACUUCCCUUGCAAAUCCAUCUUUUUUCUGUGCAAUUCUUACUUGUUUCUGUACAUAAGAAUUUCAUUCAUUCCAAGUUCAAUAAUGACUAUAAGGUUUGUGUUGCUUCUGAUCCUCAUCCUAGGAACCAUUCCCAGAAAAUCCGAUGGACAGUAUAGAGAUUGGUGCAUAGCAGACGAGCAGACCCCAGAUGAUGAACUGGAGAGGGCGACUGUAUGGGCCUGCAACAAUGGUGGGAACUGCAGCAUGAUAGAAGAGAAGCAGCCUUGCUAUCUCCCAAACACUGCCAAGAACCAUGCCUCUUAUGCAUUCAACAGCUAUUUUCAGAGGAUGAAGGCUUAUGGAGGAGAUUGCUACUUCCGUUCUGCUGCUAUCUUGACUGCAGCUGAUCCAAGCUAUGGGUCAUGCAUAUUUGAUGUUGUUCCAUGGUCCAAGUAACGAAGAUAUGUGUCCCCUUAACGGCAUAGUUACAAGAUUUGCGUCUCUCUCGAUCAGCCAAACGAUGAUUCCAGAUCCCCCAUUCAAUUUUAAGGAUUUUUCUCUUUCUUUUAAAGUGUUAAUUUUUCAAAAUUAAUGUUUAUUAUUGCAUUCAUUAUAUGACAAGAGCUUUCGAUAUCAUUAAAUAAUAUUAAAUUAAAUUUAU